GGAGGAGCUGAAAAUGCAGAUUUAGCAUCAAGCACAGAUACACUCGCUCUUUCUCUGAGAUACACACAGCUCUGCACGUUAGCACCUCUGCGAGCGAGCCGAGCUGCCCGACCACACGGCUUCCCCGCCGGCCAGAGGCUGGAGAACACACACUGAUUUGCUUCUUUCCAAACCCCUAAUCAGUGUUUUCCUCUACACAAAGAUUUUUCAAAAAACAAACACCAACAACAAAAACUACAUCUUUUUUUUUUUUUUUUUUAAAUUUGGACCUUCCUUGUGGGACCCUGCUCCGCCAUCCUGCGCGCCUCCUGACACCACUUUUCACUCCCAAAGAAAGAUGAGAGGUGGUUGUAUCUCCCAGGGGAAGGCGGCCGCGGGGCUCCUCUUCUGUGUCAUGGUUUUUGUAUCUGCCGAGAGACCGGUCUUCACGAAUCAUUUUCUUGUGGAGUUGCACAGAGGCGGGGAGGAAGAAGCUCGCCAAGUUGCAGCAGAGCACGGUUUUGGAGUCCGAAAGCUCCCCUUCGCUGAAGGCCUGUACCAUUUUUAUCACAAUGGCCUGGCCAAGGCCAAGAGAAGACGCAGCCUACAACAUCAGCAGCAGCUGGAGAGAGACCCCAGGGUAAAGAGGGCCUUGCAGCAGGAAGGAUUCAACCGAAAAAAGCGAGGGUACAGAGACAUCAACGAGAUCGACAUCAACAUGAACGACCCUCUUUUCACGAAGCAAUGGUACCUGAUCAAUACCGGGCAAGCUGAUGGUACUCCCGGUCUCGACUUGAAUGUGGCAGAAGCCUGGGAGCUGGGAUACACAGGGAAAGGUGUCACCAUUGGAAUUAUGGACGAUGGAAUCGACUAUCUCCACCCGGACCUGGCCUCGAACUACAACGCUGAGGCGAGCUACGACUUCAGCAGCAAUGACCCUUAUCCGUACCCUAGAUACACAGACGACUGGUUUAACAGCCACGGGACGAGAUGUGCCGGGGAGGUCUCUGCGGCUGCCAACAAUAACAUCUGCGGGGUCGGCGUGGCCUAUGGGUCCAAGGUCGCAGGUAUCCGGAUGCUGGACCAGCCCUUCAUGACGGACAUCAUCGAGGCUUCCUCCAUCAGCCACAUGCCUCAGCUGAUCGACAUCUACAGCGCCAGCUGGGGCCCCACCGACAACGGGAAGACGGUGGACGGGCCCCGGGAGCUCACGCUGCAAGCGAUGGCGGAUGGCGUGAACAAGGGCCGCGGGGGCAAAGGCAGCAUCUACGUGUGGGCCUCGGGCGACGGCGGCAGCUACGAUGACUGCAACUGCGACGGCUACGCAUCGAGCAUGUGGACCAUCUCCAUCAACUCGGCCAUCAACGACGGCAGGACCGCGCUCUACGACGAGAGCUGCUCCUCCACGCUGGCCUCCACCUUCAGCAAUGGGCGCAAGCGGAAUCCCGAGGCCGGCGUGGCAACCACAGAUUUAUAUGGCAACUGCACCCUGAGGCAUUCUGGGACAUCCGCGGCUGCUCCUGAAGCAGCUGGAGUGUUCGCACUGGCUUUGGAGGCUAACCUGGGUCUGACCUGGAGAGACAUGCAGCAUCUGACUGUGCUCACCUCCAAGCGGAACCAGCUUCACGAUGAAGUCCAUCAGUGGCGGAGGAAUGGGGUUGGCCUGGAGUUUAAUCACCUCUUUGGCUACGGGGUCCUAGACGCAGGUGCCAUGGUGAAGAUGGCCAAAGACUGGAAGACGGUGCCCGAGAGGUUUCACUGCGUGGGUGGCUCCGUGCAGGACCCAGAGAAAAUUCCGACCACUGGCAAGCUGGUGCUGACACUCACGACCGACGCGUGUGAGGGGAAGGAAAACUUUGUCCGCUACCUGGAGCACGUCCAAGCGGUCGUCACGGUCAACGCGACCAGGAGAGGGGACCUGAACAUCAACAUGACGUCCCCCAUGGGCACCAAGUCCAUCCUGCUGAGCAGGCGCCCCCGGGACGACGACGCCAAGGUGGGCUUCGACAAGUGGCCUUUCAUGACCACCCACACCUGGGGGGAGGACGCCCGGGGCACCUGGACCCUGGAGCUGGGCUUCGUGGGGAGCGCGCCCCAGAAGGGGGUGCUGAAGGAGUGGACGCUGAUGCUGCACGGCACGCAGAGCGCCCCCUACAUUGACCAGGUGGUGCGGGAUUACCAGUCCAAGCUGGCCAUGUCCAAGAAGGAGGAGCUGGAGGAAGAGCUGGGCGAGGCCGUGCAGAGAAGCCUGAAGAGCAUCCUUGGCAAGGACUAGGGCCCGGCCCCCUCCCCCGUCCCCGCCGCCCCCUCCAGGCGCCUAGCAGUGACCCUCCCCCACACCAGCCGCGCCCAUGUCUAGAUCUGAAGCUUCGCUCACUGUCCGUGAUUCUUUUCAUUCCCAUGGAAGCAACCUUUUCUAUUCUGUGCCCCAAAUACAGUGCUCCCACCUACACCUCUGUCCUGUUUGUGACUCCAAGGUCUUCAUUUCUGUCCUUCAGAUAGGUCAUAUUGUGCCAACCAACCCGGGACAGCUCUCCCCCUCCAUUUCUUUCAUAGAAGAGAAGAGAAUGCAUUUAAAUAAGCCAGGCCUGGGGACUCAAGGGAGGACCCAUUAUGUAAAAGAAGGAGCCAGGUUUAUGACAGAGGUGAGUUCUGAGUCUCUUAAAGCCCAGAUGCUGUAAAUCCUUUGGGGAAAGAUGUGUUGACUUUUAGCAAGAUUUUCCAGGGAUGUAAAUGAAGCUGUUGCAAAUCAAAAGGUCCCCUAGUUACCAGAUGGGGAGGAGAGAGUCCAAAAGCAUGAACGCAGGAAAUCUUACCACCACAGUCAGUGUUGCAGCUUGUCUGGCUCACCAGAGUAAUAGGUGUACAACCUCAGUGGCCUGGCUGCCUUUUCAUCAGCCACUGCUCUGAGUAAUGGUAAACUCUGGGAGAUGCCCCCGUCACUCUCCAUGUGCCUAGCCUUUCUCCAGCCCCGGUUUUCUGGGGCUUCUUCCAUAGUUAUUCAAAAAAAAAAAAAGAAGGCAGGAUGGAGAUACAUCUGGGAAAGAGUAGCUUAGUAGUUCUUAGCACAGGGAUGUUCCUUUCUGACCCUGCGCUGGGGCUUCUUAAUCUGAUGGAGGGGAGAGAAGGUGAGCAUUUUCGAGAGCUUUGCAUACACGAUUGGAGGAAAACAGCUUCUGCAGUUGAUGAGUUGAGGAAAUGACCUCUGUUCUGGAAGAGGUGUGUGAGGGUGAGGGGUCAGAUUUGGAGAGGUGGGCAACCACUUCACAGGAACCCCCAUUUGUAUGGAGCCCCUUCCCACUGAAGGGGGAAAAGCCAACUCGUCUCCCUGUAACUUGAGACCCAAAGGAGGCAGAAUCCCUUCACAUGGAAAGCACUACAGUCAGCUACAUUUGUGGCAGCCAAGCAGUCCAGGAGGGGCUUUAACCUCACCCCAAAGGUGACAUGCCCCCUUCCCCCCGUCACCCCCAGAGACAGCAUCUCAUCACCAAGUGGAAAGGCUUUCCGAGAGACUGUCACUUUGUUCUCCUACCCAAGGAAUAGCUCACCAGUGCCCACCCGACCCCCCAAACACUGUUGGUUUGGUUUGAUCCCCAAGAACUGACCCACCCCUUCUGGCCACAUUUCUCCCUUCCCGUGGGAGCAGCCUGGGUUCCUCUCCUCUGAGUUGGCAGCACAGAGCAGGGGGGCCCUUCCUUGAAGGAGGAAAAGCCUGGAAAACCCACAUGCUUUCUCUUUUCUCCCGUGUUGGCAUGGAUUUCUACCUUCUCUAACACCAUAUGAUCUCUAUAGAAUGCUUUAUGAUGUAAUAAUAUUUAUGAUUUUUAAAAGAAAUUUAUUACAUGCUGCAAAGGUCUUUUUAAACCAGUUUAGACUUAAAGCAAAAAUAAAUGGAAAUCAUCAAAAUUUCAUUUCUCAUUAACAGUCUGAAAAUAAACCAAAGGACAUUAAGUGUGCAUGUGUGUUUAAGUGCACACAGAAAUAUAUAUACAUAUGUAGACUAAUACACGUGUGUAUAUAUGUGUAUAUAUCUUUAUAUACACUUGUAUAACUGUAUAUACACACAUAUACCUAAAAUGUGUGUAUGUGUAUUUACUGAAGAAACAGAUACCACAUUCAUUUCUAAAAGCAUAUUCAGAGGAUAUCAAAAUGAUUCUGGCUGAAGAAAAAGGCCAGUGGAAAUUCAGGUGAAAUGUUCAUGAAUUCCCAUUACUUCACCUCUGUAAUUUUGCACCUUUCUGUAUAAACUUUAAGUAUCUUAUAUAGCAGCACAGAUACAAAAUAGUUGUCCAUAUUUUCACAGUUGUGGUCUAAUUUAUGAAAUUAGAGAGUAACUUAUCAGCUUCUUAAUAGAAAUGGCAAGUUUUGAUAUGAGUAUACAGUACAUAAAAUAUAUAUAGUGCUAUUUAAAAAUAUUUGGUCUCUAUUUCAUUUUUUGCACCAGUAUGAACACUAAAAUAUGAUCAGCUAGUGAGGUUUUUAUGAUAUCCUGAUUCUAAUGCAAGAGAUAGUUAUUUAUAGUCAUUUAUUUUAAAAAAAGAAAAUAAGUGAAUAAUAAUCACGUUAACAUUGUUUUUCCCUGUGACAACAUUUUAUAAGUAAAUUUAAAAAUACAUGAUGUAAAUUAGGAGAUGCAACAAUAAAACAUUACCUUCCAGAAA